AACGCCAGAAGAGGCAAGAUCGCAAGCAAAGCCUGUCGCCCACCGCGUCCCGUGUAAAACCGCCUGACCUGUGGCACAAAUAUAACGCCACAACUCAAAACGCAGCAGUUUCUUGUCCUUAUGAUUAGGCGGACUGUGCUAUCCCAUAAUGCACGUGCGCGUCGACUUGUUUAUGGUGACGUCUGUUGCAGGCUUUUCUGUGUCUAUGGGUGGUGGCAAACUGUCUUUCUACACUUAAAACACGACUUCAAAUAAAACACUAAAAACACGCAACGUUAGCACAAACACGAGGCAGCUUUGCUGCUAAAGGAUCCAAUGGGAAGACAGAGUCUGGCUAGGAGCAUACUGAAAGGCAGUGUUGAGAGUCACAUGAAGAUUUGUACAAUGCAGUGAACCAAAUGGGGCAUUGCAGUACCCAAAUCAUCUUCCUCAUCCUGCUUCAGAUCUUACGGACAUCAGCUAAAGAUGUUUCCAUCGGCUGCAUGUGUGUUGGCAGUGACUGUAAUGAGCAGCAGUGUACUGGAGACCAGUGUUACACAUCUGUUAUCAUUAGUAGUGAUGUGACGACAUUCAAACGAGGUUGCCUGAUUGGAACGGAGAGCAAGCGCAUGACGUGUUAUGCAACGCCCUCUGCUAGUCACGUCGUAGAAUGUUGCUCCCAACACAUGUGCAAUGCCAACGUCUCGAAAGAGACCCUUCUUCGACUGCUGCUGACAAGUCCAGAUGAUGAGAAGGCUGUGCAGUACCAUAUGAAGAUGCUGUUUCUCUUUGUGCUGGGACCAUUCGUGGUGCUGGGACUGCUGUCUGUGCUGGCUGUGCUCGUGUGCCGUAGACUCCAUCAUGGGCGUUUGGAAAGACUACAUGACUUUGACACGGAACAGGGGGCCAUAGAUGGGCUCAUUGCAACAAAUGUCGGGGACAGCACCCUUGCGGAUCUGAUGGAUCACACUUGCACAUCUGGCAGUGGUUCAGGUCUUCCCUUCCUGGUGCAGAGGACAGUUGCACGGCAGAUCAGCCUGGUAGAGUGUGUUGGUAAGGGACGUUAUGGGGAAGUGUGGAGAGGACAGUGGCAAGGGGAGAAUGUAGCUGUAAAGAUCUUCUCUUCCAGAGAUGAGAAGUCAUGGUUUAGAGAGACGGAAAUAUACAACACUGUUCUAUUACGACAUGAAAAUAUAUUAGGGUUCAUGGCAUCUGACAUGACCUCCCGAAACUCUAGCACUCAGCUGUGGCUCAUCACACACUACCAUGAAAACGGCUCUCUCUAUGACUACCUGCAGCGUGUUGCAGUGGAGAUGGCAGAUGGCCUGCACAUGGCAGGGUCGGUUGCAAGUGGGCUGGUGCACCUGCACACAGAGAUCUUUGGCACUGAAGGCAAACCAGCCAUUGCUCACAGAGACCUGAAGAGCAAGAACAUAUUAGUGAAGAAAGAUCUGCAGUGCUGCAUCGCUGACCUGGGUCUGGCAGUAACUCACUCUCAGUCAGAUAAUCAGCUGGAUGUGGGAAAUAAUCCCAAAGUGGGAACCAAGCGCUACAUGGCUCCAGAGGUGCUGGAUGAGACCAUUCAGACAGACUGCUUUGAUGCCUAUAAGAGGGUGGACAUCUGGGCCUUUGGGUUGGUGCUGUGGGAGAUCGCUCGCCGAACCAUCAGUAAUGGAAUUGUAGAGGAGUAUAAGCCACCGUUCUAUGACCUGGUGCCUAAUGACCCUAGUUUUGAUGACAUGAGAAAGGUGGUUUGUGUGGAGCAGCAAAGGCCAUUCAUUCCAAACCGCUGGUUUUCAGAUCCUACCCUGUCUGCUCUGGUGAAGCUGAUGAAAGAGUGCUGGUACCAAAACCCUUCAGCUCGACUCACUGCCCUGCGCAUCAAAAAGACUCUGGAUAAAAUCCACAGCUCACUAGAGAAGGGUAAAACUGACUACUGAAGAGAGAAAACUGCAGAACUACUGACCCACUCAUUAAACACACACGCUGUGUGUAACCAGACCUUUAGAUUCAAGCGUUGGCAUCCGUCCCAACUUCGUCAUGUUGUUUAAUCACUUUUUGUUCUUCCUGUCCAUUGGCCUUAAAACAUAUUUAUUGGAGAAUUACAUUCUCUUCCGUGGGUUGUUCUGUGUUUCCCUACUGAACCCUGUGGGAGCUUACAUAAAUGAGAUGAAAACUUCAAAAUGAUUAAGACCUUUUAUCUUCAAGGAAUUUAGUUCUACGUGGCUUGCCUGACAGGCCUUGGAUUGAACACUCUAUCAUGGAUUUGUUUUCUUAAAACAAUCAGAUUUGCCUAUUUAACCAUUGGCGAACCUUUUAAGGUUUUUAACAAAGAGAACAGAUACACACUAAAAUGCAAUCAGUUCCCAUAGUGUGUGCAUGUUUCUUAAUAGCGCUGGAAGAACUUCAUAGAUGUGAUAUCAUUUUUGGAGAUUGCUUUUAGAUCUCUGAUGGCUUGUAAGCUUCUCAAAGGUCGUUGUUACGUUAACGCUUGUAUAGAAGUUGACAUCUGCUACUCUGAACAAGUCAUGGUAAGAGUUUCUGAAUUUACUUUAGCGGUCGUGGGAUUUUGGGUGUACUUUAAAACUGCAACAUGCCACUAUGUACAGUAGAAAACUUGAGACUAACAUCUUUAAUUUGGCUCUUUUGAUACGCAAUGGUUUAAGGAAUAUAAAAAUGGUCACCUUUUACCCUCAUGUUGUGUCAGACCCAUACAUUUUCUUCCAUGGGAACACAAGGAGAUGUUUUGAAGAAUGUGUGCACCAAUGUUUUUCCAUACAAUGAAAGUAUAUAGUGACCAUGGACUGUCAAGUUUUAAAAAAGAAUGAAGCAGCACCUGAAAAAUUGUCUGUAUGAUGUUUGUGCUUUGUUCUAAAUCUCUUCAUGAGAAGAACAGAUUGAAAUGUAAUCAUUAUUUACUGAAAAACUUCACAACUCUCAAAUCUCAUUCACACUUCAUACUGUAUUGUGUUCUACUAAAUUGGAUGUGCAUCGUGAAUGAGAUUUGAGAGUACAAAUUUUGGUCUGUUCCUCGCACAAAGCUAUCAAAUGUCUUUAGAAGACUUUGAGUAUUGCGGAAGAUUUUUAUGUUGCUUUCUUUUGUCCUUGUGCUCCCUAGUUGUGUAUUUAAUUGAAUGGGAAAGAAAUGAGUUGAGAAUUCCUUAAUCUCAUCUGUUGUGCUCAACAGAAGAAAAGCAGUCAUAUAAGUUGACAUGAGAGUGAGUAAAUGACAGAAUUAACAUGUUUGUGUGAACUUUUCCUUUAAUCAUAGUCUGGUCAUGUUCAAAGCACCCAAUGAGGGCUUCCUCUGACAACAACGCCUUUCUGACCUCCAUAAUUUUCAUGCCUUUAUGCUUGCAUGACAAAAAGCCAUCGUAGCACUUGUGUGUUUUUGUAGCUGGUUUCUCUCCUUGUUUGACACGCUCUCUUUUCUCUUAUCUGAUAUGUUCUGUCUCUUUUGCCCUCGCUGGCAUGCAUACUUGAGAUGUUUCUUCACUGACAAUCAAGCUGUCCGGUAGGGCCUGAAUUUUUUGCAAAUGUGAUGUUUGAAUGCUUAAUUUUGAGUUUUCAAGGUGACGUAUCUACACAAUUAACAAAGCUAGUCAACGUAAAUAGAUUAAGAUUUUGUGAAUUUGCAUAUUUGUUUACCCUCAUGUUUUUUUGUAUCCUAGCUUCAACGGAGCCAUGAACUGUGAGAAUGCAGAUGAUUUUUCUAACAACUUUGACAAAUAUUUAAAAGUGCAAUUUCACUCUUGCGUAGGAUUUGUGUUUUACAAGGAAAAUAUUAUCUUGGUUUACAUGUCCCAAGUACAUAACUUUUGAGUUGAGUGGAAUUGUACGAUUUAAAGUUUUUCAUUGGGAAUGUUUUGAAGAAUGUUUUAUAAAGCUUAGGAAAUAGUUUUAAACGCUAUGUGAGAUGGCUUACGUCUGCUUAAUGCUGGUAACUUUUGCUUCCCCAAAAAGACUGAAACGUUUACAUAUUUGUGUUCUACUGAGGAACAUGUAGGAAUUCAACUGCAGUAAUUGUUUGCAUUGUGAACUGUGAAUAUAGACCGAUCAGCCACAACAUUAAAACCACCUGCCUAGUAUUGUGUAGGUCACCCUCGUGCCGCCAAAUCGGCACCAAGCUGCAUCAGAAUUUACUCCAAAUGGUGCCAAAAACAAAAAACAUCCAGUGAGCGGCAGUUCAGCGGCGAUUCGAACUGACAAAGUCUACAGUAACUCCGAUAACUUCUCUGUACAAUUGUGGUGAGAAGAAUAUCAUCUCUGAAUGCUAUUGUGAGAUGCGGGUUGGCACUCUUUUGGCGGCACGUGGGGGACCUACACAAUAUUAGACAGCCGGUUUUAAUGUUGUGGCUGAUCGGUUUUUGCUAUAAUGAAGAACCCAUAUGUAUGACAUAAUAGGAACAUAAAACAUAAGAUGCAGUCAUACAUAUUUCAGCAUCUUUGUUUUGGAGUGUAAGGGCACCCCAGAUAUAAUUUUAUAGUGUUCUUCAUCAUGUCCUAACUACUGAAGUCCUUUUGCUAUACAAAAGGUUAUCCAUGCUGAAAGAAUGCUUUCUUUUUAACCAGAAAUUACAAGAACCAUAUUGGGGUAUGUCAUGCAUCUUGAGUUUUUUUGUUUAGGGAAACAAGCUAAAUGAGGCUUUAUGAAAGGUUUCCCAUGGCCUGAAUCUGCUGGCAAUCACCUCCUUAUCUGUAGUGAUGUUUACAGGAGAUCUCCAGCCUCUGAUAAACUAGUGCUUUAUACCUGCUACUGACAAAUGAGUGUAAAUGCCACAUAGGCGACAGACACUUAAUCCAUUUUGUACCCUUUUAGUAGCUAUCUUACAAAAAAGAAAAGAAAAAAACAGACGUUGAAAUAAACGUAGAAGUUUCAUAACUUUCUUCCAAGAGCUACAAUUUUCUUCUUGAACUGGAAAGGAUCCCAAAAGGAAUUUGACACUUACAUUUAGUAGGCUUUUAUUAAUUUUAAUGAAUUUAUUUGUAAAGGAGGUAUAUAAAAAAAAAAAAAUGUAUGCUCUUAUUUUAUUCUAGUAAAUAGGCAUCAGCCAUACUGUUAACCAAAAUCAUCUUUGUUGGACAAAAUCUGAUGUAUUGGCAUGAAAAAAUAAAUAAAAUCUCAUGCUGGGCUUUUAUUGGAA